AUAAGCAUACUUACUUUAAUAUUUUAAAAUGUUAUUUAACGUUUCAACACUCUAAAAUAAAAUGUAGUAUCGCUAGAGAAUGUUAUAUAUAUAUAUACAAAUCGUCAGGCAGUAAACAAAAACGCCUCACUUUCACUUUCCUUUUUUUCAGUCAGCUGGAAGCCAGUUUUAUCGACAAAAAUACAGUGAAAUAUAUGUUGAAAUAUGAAAGAAAGGAAAACCCUUUACAUUUUAGUCUUUUUCUUACAUCCUCUCCAGCUGUUUGGUGAUGAUGUCCAUUCCAUGAGUGGCUUUUUCAUCGGUUCUCAAGGCCUCAGCCUGCCCAGUUACAUAGAAAGAAUUACUGUGAACGACAUUACCGUCUUUUACCAUGACAGCGGGAAAAACUCCAUAGCGCCGUGUCCCAAAUGGCUCAACACCACCGCCGGCCAGCAGCACUGGGAAGACAUCAGAGUCAUAUCACACCACAACAGACAGACCAUGACUACAGCUCUCGAAUCAGCCAUACAGCAGUUCAAUCUCACAGGCUCACCUGCGGACAUUAACGUAUACCAAGGCUACAGUCGCUGUGACCUCUAUCCAAAUGGCACCAUCAAGGCAUUUUUAACUCAUGCGUUCAAUGGGAAGGACUUCUUAAGUUUAGAUAUUGACAGUAAGACGUACAUCGCUUCUGUUCCUCAAGCUCUCAAAUAUAAAAGGCAGAGGGAGCGAAAUCCAGAGUUGAUUGGGAUCACUGCAUCUUUCUACCAAAAGACCUGUUUUGAUCGCUUGAAGAUGUUCUUACAGCAUGCUCCUGAAGUCAACACGAAGAAGGCUCCAGAGGUCAGGCUUUUUGAGCGGCAGAGAUCUGGUUCCACUCUCCUCACCUGUCAUGUGACUGGGUUUUACCCCAGAGCGGUGCAGGUGAAGUGGAUUGGAGCAGAUUUACAGCUGGUGGAUGAUGAGAUGAAUGAUGUGCUGCCUAAUGGUGAUGGCACGUAUCAGACCAGAAGGAGUGUGAUCAGACCUGAGGAGGCCACAGGAGAUCAGCACUACAGCUGUGUAGUGCAUCAUAGCAGCCUAGAGAGAAAUAUUACAAUCCCCUGGGAUAAAGAAGAGAAACGCUUCAGGCUUCUUGUUUGGAUUACACUAGGCUGCAUAUUCAUGGCCACUGUACUUGGGAUUGUAAUCAGAUGCAUCUCUAAAAGUAAAGGCACCAUUUCAGAUAUUAAUGUAUACCAAGGCUACAGUCGCUGUGACCUCUAUCCAAACGGCACAGUCAAGGCAUUUUUAACUCAUGCAUUCAAUGGGAAGGACUUCUUAAGUUUAGAUAUUGACAGUAAGAGGUACAUUGCUUCUGUUCCUCAAGUCUUCAAAUAUAAAAUUAGUAGGGAGAGGAAUAUAAUCUUGCUUGAAACCAUGGUGUCUUUCUACAAAAAGGCCUGUUUUGACCGCCUUAGGAUGUUCUUAGAGCAUGCUCCUGGUGUCAGAAUGAAGAAAGCUCCAGAGGUCAGGCUUUUUGAGCGGCAGAGAUCUGGUUCCACUCUCCUCACCUGUCAUGUGACUGGGUUUUACCCCAGAGCGGUGCAGGUGAAGUGGAUUGGAGCAGAUUUACAGCUGGUGGAUGAUGAGAUGAAUGAUGUGCUGCCUAAUGGUGAUGGCACGUAUCAGACCAGAAGGAGUGUGAUCAGACCUGAGGAGGCCACAGGAGAUCAGCACUACAGCUGUGUAGUGCAUCAUAGCAGCGUAGAGGGAAAUAUUACAAUCACCUGGGGUAAAGAAGAGAAACCCAUGCUUCCUGUUUGGAUUACACUAGGCUGCAUUUUCUUGUUCACUGUAGUUGGGCUUGUAGCUUGUCUAAGAAGAAGGAGGAGAAAUUAAACCCUAAUGAUCAACUAAUACCUACGUUCAAUUCAAGGUUCUCCAGGCUGCUAUGAAAGAAAAUGGCCACUCAUGAGAAGAUCGAGCUGUCUAUCCUCAGCCUCGAUCUCCUAUCUCCUAUAGCCCCUGUCCUCAGGUCUAGCUGUUUACUCUUGGAUAUUUGCACACAACUCCUCUUCACUAAGGUCACUCUAAAAGAAAAAUGAGAAUUCUUGUUUUUUGUUUGUUUGUUUUACCAGAAAUGUCAUACUUUUCUUACAAUACCUAAAUACCUUUUACUGAAGUAAAAAAAAAAAAAUAGUUUGAAAGCUUAUUGUGAAUCAGACUGAGCCACAGUUUUGUCCUUAAACUCACAUGAACAACCAUCAACUGUCUUUACUCUCAUAACUACAUACAUGUCCUAUUAGUUUCACUGGAGCUACUUAAUAAUAUGUUUUAACAUAAACAACCAGAUAAUAAAUAGAAUAAUAAAUUAUUAGAAGCUCUUUGAGGAAGAAGGUUUACGACUGAUAAUUUUACCAUACUGUAUUACUGUGCUUGCUAUGUCAUGUCUUUUUUUUUUUUCUUUUUUUUCUUUGGUGUGCUUUACUUGUCUAUGAAGCAUACCUCACUCCCAGACCUUCUUUUUCCAGAUAAAUAUUGUCACUUAUUAAUGUUUUUACUUCAGCCAUUAGGAGGCAGUAAAGCCUAAAUUAAUAUAGUUUAUUGGGUUUCAUUAUGUUUUUGUGUAGAUUUAUCUGGCUUAUUGACACAAUACAAUCAAGAUUCACUUUAUUGUAUGCAAUAUUUACUUUAACAUUUUUGAUGUUUUACUGACUGUUUAUUUGUUUUAUAGCUUGUUUAUUGUUCUAUCAAAUGCAUUUCAAAAAAAAACAUUUAACUAGUUUAUUGACUGUUUGCUGCUUUGAUUUUAUUUAUUCUUUUUUUAAGUUAGCACAAUUUAAUUAUGAUCAAAUCUCUUAUAACUGUUACAUUGUGAACAGUGUGCUGUCUGUGCUUUGUGAUUGGUGGUGGGUGUCGGGUUGAGAGAUUUCACAUCACAGCCUUGUGAGAUGACUCAGAGUAAAUCAUCAGAUAACAAUACAGCCUACAGAGAUAGAGAGAUAGAGAGAGAGAGAGAGAGAGAGAGAGAGAGAGGAGCUGUUGGUUUAACAUUCACCCUGAUCAACACUAGCACUGUCAGCCUGCACAAGCUCAUGAUGGACGUCUGUGUUGGCAGGAACACCACGUGUGUCUGUUGUAAAAAAUUAUUUGCCAGCUGACUUAGAUGAAGAAGAGAGUAACGUUCUCAUCGCUCCACUUCCCUGGAGCUCUGACUCCAUGUGCUUGUGGUUUUUUUUUUUUCAUGUUCAUUGUUUAUUGCUUUCUUCACCUGUUAUUCUUAUCACCUGUGUCUAGUUAUUGAUUGUGUAUAUAUUUCCGUAUUGUGUUUAGUUUUGUCAUAGGUUUGUUUGUUUCUUUGUCUAGCACUUUCUUUUUUUGUUCUUUUAUCCAUUAUCUCUUCAUUUGGUAAACGCUGACACUGUUUUAUUGU